UGCACCACCACGGUACAUCUUUCUUCAUACCCUUCCUCUCAUUCCGAAUCCUGAAAGCUCUACCACAACGUUUGCCACACAAUGUCGACUACCGCCCGCAGACGUCUGAUGCGUGACUUCAAGCGCAUGCAACAGGACCCUCCCGCCGGUGUUUCCGCAUCUCCCGUUGCUGACAAUGUCAUGACUUGGAACGCCGUCAUCAUUGGCCCUUCAGAGACCCCCUUCGAGGACGGUACAUUCCGCCUUGUCCUCCAAUUCGACGAGCAGUAUCCCAAUAAGCCGCCUGUGGUUCGUUUCAUCAGCAAGAUGUUCCACCCGAACGUGUAUGCCAAUGGCGAGCUCUGUCUCGACAUCUUGCAGAACCGCUGGUCACCAACCUACGAUGUGGCUGCGAUCCUUACUUCCAUUCAAUCCCUAUUAAACGACCCGAAUAAUGCUUCUCCGGCAAACGCGGAAGCAGCGAGUCUUCACAAGGAGAACCGAAGAGAGUACAUGAAGAGGGUGAGGCAGACCGUGGAGCAGAGCUGGGAAUCUUAAGCACUUAGAUCCUGAGAUGGAUGGAAUUGUUGAUUCAUUUAUGGCGCAUUGUUAUGGUUGGACUGGUUCGGUGUUUUCUCGAUAGGCUGGCCUCU